AUGAAGGAGGCAGCAGAAGCUCUAAGAAACAUAGAGCAGAAGUACAAACUCUUCCUGCAGCAGCAGUUCACAUUCAUUGGAGCGCUGCAACACACCCGGGAGGCCGCACGUGACACGAUCAGACCUGUGGCAAGCAUCAGCCAGGUACAGAACUACAUGGACCAUCACUGCCACAACUCCACGGACAGACGCAUCCUCACCUUGUUCCUGAGCAUCUGCAAUGAUCUCAGCAACCUCUGCACCAUGCUGGAGACAAGGUACCCUGACAACACCACCACCAAGGACAUUCUGGAGAAGUGCAAGCUGCUCCUCAGCCACAACAACGACCUGAGCACCAUCAGAGCCAAAUACCCUCACGAUGUUGUGAACCACCUGAGCUGCCAUGAAGCAAGGAAUCACUUUGGAGGAGUGGUGAGCCUCAUCCCCAUCGUUCUGGACUACCUGAAGGAGUGGGUAGCCCACGUCGAGAAGCUGCCACGGCAAAGUGCAAACAACGUGAGUGGUGGAAGUGCUGCCCCUGAGCCAAGGGCAGCCCAGCAGGCACCAGCUAGGGCAGCCCAAACACCACCACCUGCACACCCUGCAGCUCAGACCUCAACUAGUAACAAAGCUAAUGCACAGGGGCAGGGGAGUAAGCAUGGCCAGAAGAAGCACCUGCAUGGCACAGAGCAUCACAGAGGGAAAUGGAAAGGUCCCUGGAAGCCACCAGGCAGACAUGCCUUUUAAAGGACCCCAGCUCAUGCAUCUCCUGCUUGCCACCUUUCACCAGGUGGCUGAUUAAAGACAGAGAAAUGAAUAGUGGAGACCUUUCCUGUCCUCCAAGUCCCCUUUCUGAGGAGUUAGCCCUGUAAGCAGCCUUGGGCAGACCCAAGCUCUCUCUUGCUGAUGGAAACGCUCCUGCCAACAGAAGUAGCUGUAGCACCACAGCUGGUCCCUUUGGCCAGCACUGCAGACAGAACAUGGAACAGUCAGGAGCAAUCAGGUUCUGACCCUGGGGAAGACAGCUGCAGAGGGGGGUCUGCACCUCAGACUCCUUUCUGAGGAACACUCACUCAAAGCUGGAGGUGUGAAGAACCUGCAUGUCUGGAGGACAGGAGGCAGAGCAGCAAAGGACUCAGAGGUGAUCUGAGAUUUAGACUCAUCCCUAAAGUUCCCCCAGCCCCUGGUUGUUUAGACCAUGGAGUCAAAGUCUACAGGACUCUGAUGAUGUCUUCCUUCCAUCCCAUGGGCUACAGAACAGCUCAGGAUGCUUUAGCUGCACCAACUGUGCUCUGCUGUAUCCUUCUUGCAGGUUCUCCCACCACUACCAGUACACACCACCCACAUCCUGCCCUGCACCUCUUUGAUUCCUCUGCUGUCAGAGCUGGAGAUGGAAAGGAGAACAAACUUCAUUUUGCACUGAGUUUGGUUUACUGACAAUAUCCAAGCUUGAAUAAAGCACCCCUGCCUUCCCCAGAGCUCUGCAAAGCUAACAAAGUCAUCUCCAGCAGCUGUGAUUCAUGGGAAGCUGGCAGGAGCAGAGAGUGGGAAAGCUGUGGCCAUUUCCAGCUAAUUCCUUUUCCAACUGCAGAUUAAAAUGUCUGUGCUCUCCCUUCUCUGGGCUGAGAAUCUGGCUUGCCUGGCUUCCAAGGAUGUUGUGAGGCUC